CAGAGACAGGGACAGAGACAGGGACAGACAGCAGGUUUACAGUAACAGUCUGUCAUGAAGUAUAACUGUGAAGUACUGAGAGUACUUUAGCAGAGUACUGUGUGUGUGUGUGUGUGUGUGUGUGUGUGUGCUGCAGUUAGAAACAGUUGGAUGAACUCAUGUUUUACAGAUGUUCAUGAGCUGUGUGAUGAUCUAACAUUACACAAAAAUCAGACAUUACACAAAAAUCAGAUGUUACACAAAAAUCUAACAUUACACAAACUUCCAUGGGACCCUCAGAUGUCCCCUGGCGACCCUCUGCAGGGACCCGGGCCCUAUGUUGGGAACCGCUGAACACGGUGUGCAGAGGUUAAAGUUCAAACUUUCAGACACAGGUGACCUCCAGGUGAUUUAACGCGCGUGUCCGUGUGCGGGGCGCGCGUGCCGCCGUGUUUUCGCGGGCUUUUAUCUCGCUCGCGCCGUUUGAAACUGACUGAUGUUUUUUUUUCUUGAAGCCAAAAUGGCGCCAGAGGCGCGCGCGCGCGUGCGCGGGGACCGGGACAUGUGGGCGGGAAAAUCCUCGUGCGCUUCUACUCGGGGGUUUCCGGCCGCCGUCCGCAGGGGCUGAACACGCGCGAGGAGCCGAGGCGGACAGAGCCGAGCCGAACCGAGCCGAGCCGGAGCAGCCAGCGACCAGGCCGACUUUAACCAGUUUCCGUCGGGCGGACCGGGCGGACCGGGCGGACCGGGCAGGGGUGGGCUGGGGCUCGGUACCGAAGAAUGAGACAGCGCUCUUCCCGGAGGGCGCAACAUGAACGGGGCCGUGUACAUUUCGUUCUUCCAGGGCCAGCUGGAGUCCGUGCUGGAGCAGGUCGUGCAGCUCGCCGUGCAGGAAAUCAGCAAGACGGUGGGCUCCAGCCUCAACACGCUGCUGCUGGAGACGGCCGUGAAGGAGCAGGAGAACCGCCGGCUCCGGCUCCAGAUACAGUCGCGGGAGAGCCGCAGCAAAGCCAGCACCGACGCCGCGGACGGCGGAGGCUCUCCGGCGUCUGCUAAGAACAAGGCGGCGGGGGACGAGAGGGCGGACGGCGGCAGAACAAAGCCCGAGCAGCGGCAGCAGCAGCUACACGCCCCCGGAGGGCAGGGCACCGAGCCCGGCGUGCCCACCGACACACGCCGCCUGGAGCAGCGAGGACGAGUCGUGGACCAGCUGAAGUCCGUCAUGGAGCAGGUUCUGGACUUUGCCGUGCGCGAGCUGACGAAGAUCGUGGAGGCUUCGUUUGACGACCUCCUGCUGGAGAUCACCAAGAUGGAGAGAGAGCAGCAUGUCCUGGAGGAGAGGCUGGACAAGAGCUCUGACAGAGGGGGAGGGGGAGGGGGAGACAAGGGGAGAGGAGGGGGAGACAAGGGGAGAGGAGGAGGAGCCGGGGGGAGGAGGAGAGGCUCUGAGAACGACUCGGUGUCACCGAGCGGCUCCGAGGACGCCCGCGAGGAGGUCGCCGAGGUCACUGUGGCCAAGGAGACGGCGGAGAGAGACGACCCGGAGCGUCCCCCUGUCCUCUCUGUCUCUCAGGACUGGGUCCCGAUCCUGGACAAGGUGUUUGGUCAGAAGUGGUGCAGUGACGUCUGGCAGAUCAAGGAGAUUGAGGGGGGAGGUGGUGAUUUGGUCGGGGUCAGGUGAGGCGGAGCCCAGCAGGUGCAGCCUGUCCCCCCUCCACCUCUGACCCUGGAGCCGUCCCCCUCGUCCCCCCAGCAGGAUCCCCGCUGGACUCCUCUGGAGGACAUGGAGGUGUUUUCACCUGAUGAAGAAGCUGCAGACAGUCAGAGGAGCACCACCUCACCUGGACCUCCACCUGGACCCUCACCUGGAGUCCCUGGACCUGGACCACCCCUCAGUCCCACAGGUCGCCACUCGUCCGCCUCGAUGCUUCAUCGCUCUUGACUCUUCCGUCUCAGCUGCGUGACGAUGAUGAAGAAGACGCCGCUGGCGCUGCCAACGCCAACG